GCACACUGGUAGAGCAAAAAACAGCGAGUGUUCUUCGUGUGGAUCCUUUCGUCUCGCCUUCCUCCUGUGCUCUCAUCUUGCGAUCCGCUCCUCUCCGUUGCUUGAGGCGAUUGCAUCAAUGGAGGAAUGUGUGGGUACUGCAGACUAGGUGACGCGGUAUAAACUGCCUCUCCAUGGUCCUCCUCUGUCCUCCAACCGAGAACGGAGACGGCUCCCCCGUCUCUUCGUGCUUGGAGAAUUGAUCCAGUACGUCAGAGCAAACUCACCGACGGCGACUAGAGCUGCUGCGCGGGCAACCUGUUCGACGGAAUGGCUGACAGCAAGACGGUGGCCGUGGCUGUGGCUGGCGGCAAGGACUGCUUCCAGGACCUCCCGGAACCUGUGCUCGAGCUGUUGCUGUCGUUCCUGCCCUCGCGGGACGCGGUGAGGACGUCCGUGCUCGCUCGCCGCUGGCGCAUCCUUUGGAAAUCCGUGCCAUCCCUGCGCUUCGAUGCUUCUCAGUUCGAGAGCGCCCAGGCUCUCAACGAUUUUGCUAGUAAGCUGCUUGAGCACCGCGACCGAACCGUGCCUCUUCGUGAAUGUCAUAUCAUCUCCUAUCAGGAUGGUGCAGAAGAUGAGGCUCUCUGUGAUCUUGAAUCGUGGGUCCAGUAUGCCUUCUCGUGUCAAGUUUCGGUGCUUCGAAUUGAAUCCUUGGGUCCUCGUCGUUCUGAUUUUUUGUUAUCCAACAACAGUGUCAUCUCCAAGUACUUGACUGUACUAGACCUUUUUCGCUUGGAGUUUGGCGGAAACCCCCUUGAUCUUUUCUUCUGCCAGGCGCUGCAGGUGUUAGAGAUAGAUCACUGUUCUGUCAACCUUGGGGAUGUCUUGCCCAAGUCUUUGCGACAUCUGAAAAUAAGAAGUUCAAGACUUUUUUCCAGGCAUAAACCACAAAGUGGUCUUUCUGCUCUAGGUCUUGUUACCUUUGAACUAGCUGACCCUCAGGGGUGGACUCCUUUGCUUGAGAACCUGCCAUCAUUGGUAAAAUCAUUUAUCAGGCUUAGCUGCUUUUGCGAAGAUGCUUGUGAUAAUGUGAAGUGCCUCGGGGAUUGUGGUGACGAAUCAUGUCACGGAUGCUAUGGUGAAGAUGGUCGCUGUGUGCUUCUCAAAGGUUUGUCAGGCACUACGAAUUUAGAGCUGAUAAGCCAAUAUUCCAUGAUUUUCAGAAAGGACUUGAGAUGGCGCCCCAUGUUUAGCAAGUUAAAAACUUUGGUGCUGAAUGAGUGGUGUCUGACUGGAAACUUUAGUGGACUACUUCACUUUCUUCAGCACUCACCAAUUCUAGAAAAGCUUACCCUUCAACUUCCAUCUCGCAAGCAUUUUGACAUUGGAUCAAGUGGAAGUUACAACCCAGCAGAAUAUUUCUUGGUGUCGAAGCACCUCAAGGUGGUUGAAAUCCAUUGUAGCAAGGAGGAUGAAUGGGUUUGUCAAAUUGUGAAUAUCCUUGGUAGUCAUGGAGUAACUUCUGCGCAAAUUAGCAUCAAACAUGAUUCUUGGAGUUCUUUCAGGUUCAGUUUCGAGCAGCCAAAGAAGAUGUCCCUGAAUUAAUCUUGGCAGCAUGAGGUUGCUGUGUUGUAUCUACCUGGAUCGUGUGUGUGUGUGUGUCCCUGAUCCAUUCAUAUGAAGGAUGGACUUCCGUUGAGAUGCGAUUUGAAUAGGUUCAAAUGUCACUGUAGUGAUGUUGCACUUUUGGCCGGUGUCAGGCCUCAACUGAUUUACCUAUUGAAGGCCUAUGAUCUAUCCAUAUGUUUCAGCAACCUGUAUGUGUAGCUUAAGUUGUGUAAAAUGGUACCUGUUCUAUAUUUCAGCAACCUGUAUAUCUAGCUUAACUUGUGUAAAAUGUUGCCUGUUCUCUUAUAUCGAGUACUGCUUUAGUUUACCUGUAUAUCUAGCUUAACAUAUUUGGCAAUCCGUACA